AUGUUCAAUGAAUUCAAUGUUUCAGGAUUCAAUUGAUACUGUCUGGUACUAUGCUAUGCCAAAAGAAAAGAUCCGUAGUACAGGAGCACUGAUUAAAGCAAUAGAUUUGAAUACUGCUGAAGUUCAAGAUCUUGUUUUUCACACAAGUUUGAUUAUGGAAACAUACUCAAACUGCAAUAUUAACUCCAUUGUGCUUUCUUACAUGGUGAUGUGUAGUAAAGCUGCAUUUUACUAUAAUACCGAUCCUGUCAAUAUAUAUGGACAAUUCCUGCAAUCUGUUUCAUUUUUCAAAAGAUCAAAUUCUGUAGCAGCUGGAUUAUCUAUUCAUGCUGAAAUAGCAAUGACAGAUGUUGAAAACAGUGAUUAUAAUACUCGAUUGCCAAAAUUGAGGUGCCAAUUACUUGAUAUUAAUUCGCAUGGAAUACAAGCACUAAACGGAGGUUCCUGGUGUGUAGGACCUUAUGCAAGAAAAGAAAAAUCGAAAUAUUUCGACAAUAACUUUUACAUUGACUUGCUUUGGCCACAAUUUGUUCGAUUUGAUGCUGUGCGUAUAGCACAAGAAUUAAAAUUAAAGAAUGAUCGGGCACUUGAUUCUAUGCGAAAUGUAACUGGUUCCUCUAAUGGUCAGAUUUCAUCAUCUGUAGAAGAUUUGGAGGUUAUGACAGACUGAAAUAAA